GUUGGUGGUUCAUUCCGCUGUAGCGACCCCAGAUUAAUAUAGGGACUAAGCCAAAAAGAAAUAAUGAAUGACUGAAAGAAUAGAUUUGAACUGAAGGUUGAAGCACCACACAUCAGCCUAAAUUCUGUGAAUUUAUGGCUGUAUUAUGACCUGUAUUGACAAUUUUUGACAGUUUACUGCUUUUCCAUGGCACUGUGUGCAGAAUUACAUGAGCAAUUUAACAUUUUGAGAAAGCCAAAGCAUGCUUUUUGACAGAGUUUGGAGGCAGUGUGUUUUAUUUUGACACAUGCCAGCAAAUAAAGCCACCACUGCAAUGGAAAGAAGUAAUGCACAUGCACAGAAAUAGCAGUAAGUGGUUUUGUCUCCUUUUUAGCAACUUGGUACUUUCCUUGGUUUCUUGUAAAUUUUUCUGGCCAAAUACUGUAUAUUUAUUAUGAUAUUUAAUUGAAUUUAAAGGCUGUAUUGUGACCUGUACUUGCAAAUGACAACAAUACAUCCGUUUCAUCUCACUAUCCGGAGUUCAACGUUUUAAAGGCAAAACUCUUUCUUUCUGAUAAUAUUUGGAGGCAGUGCCUUUAUUUUGACACUAGUCACUGAAUAAAGCCACCACUGCAAUGGAAGGAAAUAAUGCAAGUAUUUACACGCGCAGAAAUCGCAAUAAUCAUGAUGAAUGGAUUCCAGAUGCUAAUUUUAAUGUAUGCAGGCGCGCUCCUCCACGACAGUACACAGAUGCUCAGUUUUGCUAUGCCGGCAGACGUAGUGACGGGGGGUGCUGGAAGCUCAUUUGCAUGCCGAACUGCUAUCUUAAUGUGGAUAUUUAUUUUAAUUUAAUUUCUUACCCGCACAUACCGCACGGGAGGCUUUUGUGGCAAAGUCACAUUAACCUCUGGCUAGUUAAUAUUCAUCUGGCGAAGUCCCUCAGCGCUUGAUGAAUAUUCAUGAGGUGGGCGCGGCUGUGCCCUCACUCCUCCUCCAGCUCCAUGGCGCCCGCGCGGGCAUAUUUAUUUCCGCAAGCAGGAGCGCACGCGGCCACCAUCCUCAUCACCUUCUUCGUCCUGCAGCUCGGUCUGUGUGUGGUAGUCGCUCAGCUCGAAAUGGCAAACAAGAGCGUUUUGCCAACCAAAGAGCGCGCGCUGAAGGGCAGGGAAGAGAAAGUGGUCGUGGCAGCAAAACACGCCGCCAAUGGAAACACUACAGUGGAGCCGUUUCCUGACGGGAUGGAGAUGAUUAUGUUUGGCAUGGGCUGUUUUUGGGGAGCUGAAAGGCGUUUCUGGAAGAUCACUGGUGUGUUUUCUACACAAGUGGGCUAUGCUGGAGGCUUCACAUCUAACCCUACCUACCAUGAGGUGUGUUCAGGUUUAACAGGGCACACGGAAGUAGUGCGAGUGGUCUUCUCUCCCAAAGAUGUCAGCUUGGAGAAACUUCUCAAAGUCUUCUGGGAAAGCCACGACCCCACUCAAGGAAUGGCACAGGGGAAUGACCAUGGCACACAGUACCGUUCUGCCAUCUACACCUACAGCCCAGAACAGCAAGAUCUGGCCAUGAAGAGCAAACAUAUGUACCAGGAGGCUCUGAGCAGGAAAGGCCUGGGCGAAAUCACCACAGACAUCCGGCAGCUCACAGUUUUUUACUACGCUGAAGAUUAUCACCAGCAGUACCUGCACAAGGUGCCAAAGGGAUACUGUGGGUUAAAGGGCACCGGUGUGACCUGCUCUAUUACAGAGGGGAGAGAUGAACUAUGAAUCAGAGAUCACAGACAUAGGCCUACUUGUUUUCUAUGUUAAAGGUGUUGUACUGUAUGUAAGUUGAAUCUUCUAAAGCAGAAAAAAACAUAAUAUGUUUGCAGAUGCUUUAGAAACAUCAUCGUCUAUCUGAAAAACAAAUCUGAAGUCAAUUUUUCUCCUUUGAAUAUUUGCUCUCCAUGUUUUAAGUUUUGUCUUUGUUUUGGUCUCUAUAACCUGUCCACUGCCACUUUAACUAUAUUUCAGCACUGCUGCUUGCCUUAGUAUGAAGGCUGUCUUGAUAUAUGCAGUCGCGGCUGAAAUGCAAACUAUAAGUCGUAACAGCCUUUGAAAUAAGAGAUAGAUUCAGAGUUCUAAAAUUCCACAUUAAGUGUUUUGAAUACACAUGUAAUAUAAAUAUUGUAAAUGUAAAAAUGGCAGCAAUGUGGCGCAGUGGGUAGCAUGAUUGCCUCACAGCAGGAAGGUCGCUGGUUUAAGCCCCGGCUGGGUCAGUUGACAUUUCUGUGUGGAGUUUGCAUGUUCUCCCCAUUGCUCCGGGUGCUCCGGUUUUCCCCACAGUUAAAAGACAUGCGCUACCGCUGAAUUGAAUAAGCUAAAUUGGCCAUAGUGUAUGAGUGUGAAUGCAAGAGUGUGCAGGUGUUUCCCAUUGUUGGGUUGCGGCUGGAGGGGCAUCCGCUUUGUAAAACAUAUUCUGAAUAAGUUGGCAGUUCAUUACGCUCUGGCGACCCCGAUUAAUAAAGGGAUUAAGCCAAAAAGAAUGAAUGAAUAAAUGCAAACAUUAGCUGAGAAGCUUGCAUUGUAAAGCUCGAUUCUCAGGCAUGUUCGCUACUUUUGGUGUCAUCAAUCCGGCAACCUAUGUUUGCAUGUCAUCUAUUUGAUUGGGUGGCUAAUUGGAAUUUGUACAAUUUAGUACGAUUUGAUAAUCCACCAAUGACGGUUGGGUCUAGGGGCGGGUAGGGUGCCAUGCCUUCUUUUCACAAUGAACAUUUUCAUUCGACUGAACUCAUAUUAGCCAUUAAACUGGUAAUAUGUAAAAUAUUUCCUCAUGAAAAAUUAGGACUGCAAAACCUAGUUCAACAACUAUGUCAAUCCUACAUACUGCACCUUUUAAGGGGGGUCUUAAAGUUUCUGACAUCAUCUAGUCUUUCUCAACCAAACCAAAGUUGUUGUUGUUGAAUUAAACUGAAGCUGAUUUUAGAACCAUUAAACAGUUUCAUUGCGUAAACCAUCUUUUGUCUUCCGCCUAUCUGAAAAACAUUAUUUCAGCUAGUAAUUUCUCAUUUAAAUUUAAAUUAUGAGUAGUAAUGGCAUUAAUUGUUACAUAUGUACAUAUACAAAAGAUAUAAACUUUAUUUUCUGUGAAAUUGAAAAAAAUUGAUUUUAUGUUUAAACUAAGAUCAAAUAUCUAUCAGUGUCAUUAGAGCAUGUAUUUUCUACUUGAAUAUUAAUCAAAGUGAAGUUUCAUAAACUAAUUUGGAGAGGAGUUAUAUGAUUGAGCACUACUGAGCGGCCCUCAUCUGUAAUCAGUAAUAAUCCAGAUAGAAUGAUCCUAGUUUACUAUAAAUGGAUCAUUUUCUCCUUACUGCUCCAUCUUCGUUUUAGACAAAUCCCCCCUUCCACUCCAUCUCCUCCUUUUCCUCCCUUUUCUAAAGGGGGAGCUCUCAAGACCUACCUGAUCUCGGAUCUCCUGAUAUGCUUAUUGACCGGGAGCCCUGGGCUUAAAUAUCUCUAAGCUCAGGGUUCUCUCCCGGGACAGCAUGCCAAACCUGCUAUAAAUGCUAAGCAAAUCUAAGUGGGAAAUCUUAAAUUAGAAUUUGUUCAUUUUGAUCAGUUCUACAGAAAAAAAAGUUCUUCUGUCUUUACUUAGUGAGUAAAUUUAUCUUUAGGUAUUUGCAUAGGAAAGCAAGAUUUACUGAGCAAGAACAUGAUUUUUUAUUUAUUUUUUUUGCUGUGUGUGUAUUAAGGACUGUAGAGUUAUUGAAGCAUCAAGCUAUUGUCAUUUUUUUCUCUUUUUUUUGUAAAAUGGAUUAAAACGCUGUAGUGGCUGUGUUUGAUGUUAAUUACUUCCUUUUUAUUUAAUUGGUGAAUCUUCAAUGAAUUUUCUAAGAAAG